AUGGGAUGCACUGGAGCCAAGAACAUCCAAGGAACUGAAAUAAGGAUCAUGAUGAUGAGGGGCUGGGUAUCUGGAAGGGAAGUUUGCUACGAAAGGCUUGGAUGCUUUUCAGACAGCCCCCCAUGGGCUGGGAUCCCGGGGAGACAACUGGCAGGCUUGCCCAGCUCUCCAGAUGCUGUGAACACAAAUUUCCUUCUUUACACCAGAGAUAACAGGGUGAAAUACCAAAAAAUUUCAGCUACAAAUUCUUCAACCAUAAAAGCUUCGAAUUUCCGAGCACACAGGAAAACUCGUUUCAUUAUACACGGGCACCUUGCUGGAGCAGAUCUCCCCUGGAUAACAAACUUAUGCAGGUUCAUGUUCCACUCUGAGGAUGUGAACUGCAUUUUGACAGACUGGAGUGGAGGGUCCAGUGGUCUGUACACGGACGCCGUCAACAACGUCCGCAUUGUGGGGGCUGAGCUGGAGUACCUGGUGAACCUCCUCGAGAAAGAUUAUGGCUACUCUCCUGCCAACAUCCAUUUCAUUGGCCAUAGCCUUGGAGCACACGUUGCAGGGGAGGCAGGGAGGAGGAAACCUGGCAUUGGAAGAAUAACAGGUUUGGAUCCAGCUGGGCCCCUUUUCCAGUACACUCCCACAAUGGUUAGGCUGGAUCCUUCAGAUGCAACAUUUGUUGAUAUAAUUCAUACUCAUGCUGGUCAUCUUUUCUUUGACUUUGGUAAGUUUUCAUUUAAAGGCUGCCAUUGGCACACAGCUGGCUACAGAGCACCUGAAACUCCAGGGAUUCUUCAGCCUUGUGGCCACCUGGAUUUUUACCCAAAUGGUGGGAGGAAGAUGCCAGGAUGCAACCAGCUUCGUGUACCUCCUGCAACCCAGGAUAUCAAUGACCUGAUGAGAGGUAAAUAUAUUUUAAAGAAGUAAUACAUCAUUAUAAGUUACAGUUAGAGACAAAGACUAGGAUAAGGUAAGACCUUUAUACAGUUCAGAUUUGGAAUAAGGAGAAAAUGCUCAAUAAUGGAACAUUUAAAGCUACCUCUGACAUAUCCACCAAUUUGCUUUUAUAAUAACCAAGGCAAAUUCUAGAUGAAAAACUUCAGUUAAAGCAUGAAAAAUUGUGCAUCACAAGCUUUCUAAGACCCUGCCAUUGUGCUCAGUGGGAAUUCCUCCCAU